AUGAAUGAUUUUUUCUCCAAGAAAUGGAAGAAUAGAAAAGUAGUGCUGAAGGAGAGAUAUGUUUGGGAUGGGAAGUGCAGGGUGAAGAAGGAGGACAUAAAGAUUGAGGUGGAGGAGGGAAGGGUACUGAGGAUCAGCAGCGAGAGGAAAGGGAUGAGGAGAAGGAGGCGGACGGAAGACAAGUGGCACCGGGCGGAGAGGCCCGUCGGCAAGUUCUGGCAGCAGUUCCGGCUGCCCUUCGAUGCGAACUUAGAUGCUGUUAAGGCGCACCUGGAGAAUGGUGUUCUGAAGGUAACUAUUCCCAAGCUGGCAGAAGGGAAGGCGAGACAGCCGAGGGUCAUUGACAUCGUGGAGGAUCCCUCUGUCGGCGACAUCAGGGCCUCCAAGACCGAUCUGAAAUGA